UCGGAUAAAACCAGUUUGGGCCCAAAAAAUAACUGAUAAAACAGAUUGUUCAAAUAAGUGUUCAUCACAUUAGAUCUGCACAUAACAUUCAGUACCAGUUUGGUUUUGUCCAUUGACAAUCAAAGCAGCAACCAUGCUGUUGUAUCUUCUGUUGACCGUGGUCACGUUGGCCUAUCUCUGGAUAGGCCGGCGGUAUUCGUACUGGAAGCAACGUUCCGUACCCUACGUUGAGCCCCGAUUCCCAUUCGGGAAUCUCCAAGGUCUGAACAAGCGUCACUUUGGCCUGUUGGCGCAGGAUGUGUACUCAAAACUGAAAGGAAGUGGAAGCAAAUUUGGAGGAAUGUUCUUUUUUGUGAACCCGGUGGCUGUGAUUCUGGAUUUGGACUUUGCUAAGGAUGUCUUCGUGAAGGAUUUCCAGUACUUCCACGAUCGUGGAGUAUACAGCAAUGAGAAAGUGGACCCCAUUACGUCUCAUCUGGUGGCUAUGGAAGGAAUCAAGUGGAAGAAUUUAAGAGCGAAAUUAACCCCUACCUUCACUUCGGGUAAGAUGAAGAUGAUGUUUCCGACUAUUACGGCAGUUGCAGACGAAUUCCGGAAGUGUAUGGUAAACGAAGUUGACAAGGGAGGAGAAAUCGAAAUGAAAGAGUUCUUGGCACGAUUCACAACCGAUGUGAUUGGAAGUUGUGCUUUCGGUUUGGAAUGUAACAGUCUAGCAGAUCCUGAAGCUGAAUUCAGAAAAAUGGGCAAAAAAGCAUUGACCAUGUCACCGAUGGGUUUCCUAAGGAGAAUACUCAGUGUUACAUUUAGAGAUUUAGCCAAAUUUCUCGGAGUGAGAAUCUCCGAUCCAGAUGUGGCUACGUUCUUCAUGAAUGUCGUUCGAAGCACCAUUGAGUAUCGUGAGCGGAAUAAGGUUCAGAGAAACGAUUUCAUGGAUUUGCUUAUCAAAUUGAAGAACGUGGAACCUAUCGAUGAGAACACCAAUCAAUUGGGACCGUUGACAUUCAACGAGAUUGUUGCGCAAGCGUUCGUGUUUUUCCUGGCUGGUUUCGAGACGUCGUCCACGACAAUGUGUUUCUGUCUCUAUGAACUUGCCAAAAAUCAGGAAUUGCAGGACAAAGCGCGUCGCAACAUUGAUGAAGUUCUAGCCAAGUAUGGUACAAUGACGUAUGAAGCAGUGCACGAGAUGAGAUACAUGGAAAAUUGCAUCAACGAAUCUCUUCGGAAAUACCCACCUCUGCCGAACAUCCUGCGAAAUGUGAAUAAGCCAUACACGGGAAAAAAUCUGAUCCCAUUAUCAUGAUUUACGAAUCAUGAAAAUUAUAAAUUGCUCUUGGGACGAAAUCAUGAUUCAGACUCAUGAUUUUUGAAGCUGAGCUACCACUAUCAUGAUUCAGAGCAACCAUUUUCAUGAGCUCCAAAUCAUGACCAUGAAAAGCGUUACGCACACGGUGCACCUGUCAAAACGUGUUUAGCAAAGCUUGUGCAAAGCAUAGUUGGCUGCGCAUUCACGGAAAAGUUGCCCUUUUUUUAAAAAAAAGUUCACUUUUAUUGCCGGUUUCCUGCGCCGCUGUUGCUCUACUGUCGUUCCUGCUCUACUAUUCCGUUCCUGCUCCGUUGAUAUCGAGCUAUUCCGGCUCUGCAGAACUACCGCCGUUUCAUUCUGUUCCUUUCCUGCCGUGGCUGUUGCCCAUUCCGGCUCCUGUGUACCCGUUCCGGCUCCGCAUUGAGGGAAAAUUCAUCCGGCUCCGCUCUACUAACUACCGCCGUUUUAUUGUCCCAGUGCCACUGUCGCCAUUCCCGCCGCGGCUGUUGCCGUCCAAUAGGUGCAUCCGUUCCGGCUCCGCAUUGAGUGACCAGCUCCGCCCUACCAACUACCGCUCCCGAUUUUGUUGCCGUUCCGGACGUUUCGUUUUCAGCCUUGGCUGGUUCCGCCCAGUAGGUGUUCCCGUUCUGACUUCCCCCACAACUACCGAACGCAGGAGAUAUAGAAGGGAGGACCGAGCGGCGACUGAACCAUCUCCGCGAAAAAUUUGGGGAAUCAUCGCUACAACCUCAAAUUGUCGCAGUGGGCACGAGCAACUCAACAAAAGCAACGAUGGUUAUUUUUGGCGGCGCGGAGUAUAUCGCAGAUAAUAUUGUGCAUGCUGUAUGCAUUUGUAUGCAUAUCACUUAUGUGCUAAAUUUGCGAUAUACUCCGGACUGCAAACCGCUGUGGCUCUUUGUUCAGUCAUACCUGUUCAAAAUCCCGGCGUCCAUUAUUGAGCUCCCGAAGAGCACACGUGAUUUC